GCUAUGGGUUUGAAGUUAUAGAGCAAUAUAGUGCAUAUAUUUAUCUACACUACAGAUUGUGCAAAACUAGUCGUUAGCAGCGCCAGUCGAUAUAAACAGUGAGGUUAGUAUAGUAUCAGUUAUGUGAUCGACGUAGAAAACAUGAUAAAAAAGGAAAGUAUAUCUCGCUAUAGAAAUGAGAAUACAGACUAAAGAAAUAUAUUACACUAUAUUCUAUCUUGUAUUACAGCUACUUUGGCUUACUAUUAUAUAGGUACAUCAUGUCAAUGACUCGUUUAUCACGUGUUAUUCUCCAAAUAGUAAAUCCCCUUUAUGAUCUAAUUUCAAUAUUGUCAUACUCCGCAACUUUUACUCUGUUAUAUUUAUGAACAUUAAUAUUUAUAUCUUAUGUACAGGCCGGAGUGUUAUUCACUACUUUGUGUCUAUACCUCUCCGAAAUCGAUAUUACCUUGGCUCUCUAAGUACUACACACAAUGUCUACUUCCAAUCCAUCGUCAACCCCUAUACAAACAGCACCACCUCCAAGCCUUAUCACACAGUUUACGCAGCCAUCAGAGUGUGUAAAUCUGUUUCACGUCGUGACAGAAAAAGCAUCUCUUGAGACAUACAUAAAUAACUCGUCUCGUAACUUGACCACGACUAUCCUUACCUCGGACAGCAACGACAACCGCUUCUCCUCAUGCCAGCCCUCAGGAUGGGAUAAAGCGCACUUUACGUUUAGCCCGGGCCUCUGCGCAAGCGGCUGGGUCUACAAAGAGCUACAAGCGACAGUCUUGAGUACUGCUACUAUAUCAACUGCCCACUGUUGCGCACCGGACUACAACCUUCAAGUCAAAGGCCCGGAAUAUAAUGGUGUCUUGCAAUGCAAAAAGAUCAAAGUCGAAGGCAGCCAUUACGAGACGCACUUGCAUGACGCCUGGGUUGUCAAGUGGCAGGCGUCUGACAAGCUACCCAUCUCACUUCCCAACCUACCCACCGGUUACACUGUUCCUUCUUGGCAACCAGGCGAGUCUGCUAAACUUAGUCCGGUUGACGGCUAUGAGCCGGGCAACGCGAGGGAUAGAAUCGAAUCUCUGGUCGUCCCUACGGUGAUUCCAAUUGUUGUAGUGUUACUUAUCGCACUAGGCAUUGCAUAUUGCUUAGUUAGACAAAAGAGAGCAAAGAAGCAAAGGCGAGAGGAAUUGGCGCUCGAAGAACACGCUGAGAGUAAGAAAGAAAGCAAAACUACUGAAUCAUAAAGUUGGGAGCGUCUUUUUCUCCAAUCCUUUACUCAUUAUUUACAUCCAGUGAGGGGAACUCCAACACGUGCUACUCACAGAGCCUUGAGCACGAAGAAUGCGGCCUUCCAGGCAAAGUGAGGCUGUCGCCUCGUCCGGCGAGACCAAAGUUACAAGAACUACAUUAGUAGCAGGAACAAAGAAUGCAAUAGCGGUUGGAAGCCAAACCGGUUGGAUCUUGCCGUUGUUUCUUCUUUUCAUUCAAUAGAGUAUAUAACGUAGUUGAUAUUUA